AUGGAGCAGAGUUUCGAGAUUCUAGGCGCGGAGAGGCGCGAAGAGACGCGAACAAUGUCGCGCGUGAUGUGCACAGCCAUCGGCUUUCAAUCAAACCCAACUUACUCAUCACCCAAAAAAGUUAUGCGCCGUGCAGGAACAGUGCUCGCCCGGAAUCGAGGCAACGGGCUGUACCAGGCCUCCAGACGCCGGCUGAAUCUCGACUCGACGCCAGACUUGGGCUGUCGAGUGACGACGCUGCCCAAUAAGAUACGCGUCGCGACCGAGGCAACUCCGGGACACUUCUCGUCAGUCGGGUUGUAUGUUGAUGCGGGUUCGAGGCUCGAGACGCCGAGCACCUCAGGGUCCAGUUAUUUCCUGGACAGGAUGGCGUUUAGAGCGACGAGUACACGGUCAGGCGACGACAUGGCGGCAGCCGUGCACUCACUCGGUGGCCAAAUUCUUUGCUCCUCCUCCAGAGAAGCAAUCAUGUAUCAGUCGUCGCAUUUCCACAAAGGAACGCCGGAGGCAAUGUCCCUCAUUGCCGACACAGUUCUGAACGCGUCGUUUCUACCUGAGGAAAUCGAACUUCAGCGCGAUGCAGCGCGGUACGAGAUCCGGGAAAUCUCAUCCAAGCCGGAACAAAUCCUUCCCGAGAUCCUUCAUGCUGUUGCUUAUGGCAACACUGGCUUGGGCAACGCGUUAAUGUGUCCCGAGGAACAGGUGGACAGGAUCAACGGAUUCACCCUACGAACGUUCAUGAAGCAGUGGUACCGGCCAGAAAGAAUGGUCAUCGCUGGAGCUGGAAUGCCUCACGAAGAGCUGGUUGAGUUAGCAGACAAGUACUUCUCUUCGCUGAAAGCUGCCGACGUGAGCAUCCCACCACCAAGACCGAUCGUGCCCCAGCCGCUCUCGUCUGCCACCUCCCAACCGUCUGUCGUGCACUCGCUAUCCCGUGCGGCAUCGUUCUUGUACCCCAACUCUGCUUCCGACGAACAGAGCCUGGAUAUCACCCCUCCGCCAUCUCUGUCUUCGAGUUAUCAGGGCGGGCACCGGUUCAUCUACGACCCCGAGUCGGAGUUCGACCAUCUGUACGUCGCGUACGAGGGCGGGGGCAUCCACGACGACGACAUCUACGCGCUGGCGACGAUGCAAGUGCUGCUCGGGGGCGGGGGGUCCUUCUCUGCGGGAGGGCCGGGCAAGGGGAUGUACUCGCGCCUGUACACUCAUAUCCUCAACUACUAUCCGCAAGUGGACCACUGCCAGUCCUUCAACCACAUCUACACGGACUCGUCGUUGUUCGGUCUCUUUGCUACGUUCGUUCCGGGCGGAGAACGGGGUGGAAACUCGCCGACCCAGAUUCUGCCGCAUCUAGUGCACCAACUUUCGCUGCUGCUCCACACGCCCGUGCCGGCUGCCGAGCUGAGCCGGGCGAAGAACCAGCUCAAAUCAGCGCUGAUGAUGGCAUUGGAAAGUCAGGCUGUGGAAGUCGAGGAUCUCGGCCGUCAGAUGCUGGUCCACAACCGCAAGAUUCCCAUCCAUGAAAUGACUGCCAAAAUCGACCAGUUGACACCGGCCGACAUCAAGACAGUGGCCGACAAGGUCUUUGGUGCGCAGUCAGGCAACAAGCCGACGAUUCUCUGCAAGGGACAUGAGGAUGUGGGCUCGUGGAAGGAGAUCUUUGACAGAUACAGCGUCAGCAGCGGAUAA